CAAACAGACCAAGCAGUCAUCAAUGGUCAUCAUCAAUCGUCAAUCAUUAGCUAAUUAAAUUGGAUGGCGAACGUGCGUCGUGCGCAGUAGACUAGCUCCAUAAAUCUUUUGAGUAUUUAUUUUAAUAAAACAUCAAUUAAACUUUUAUCGAGUAUCUACUUAUUUAAUAGCAAUGGCAUCCUCAUAUAUCAAGGAUGAUCAAGGUGGAACUUUUAUUCCUGCUAGUCAACGUCCUGAUGGUACUUGGAGAAAACCUAGACGUGUUAGAGAUGGAUAUGUUCCUCAAGAAGAAGUACCUUUAUACGAAAGUUUGGGAAAACAAUUUCAAAAGAAUAAAUUAUCGUAUCCAGUAGGUAUGUCUGCAGAAUAUGUAGCAGCACAUAAAGCCAAAGUUGAAGCCGAUCAAAAACGAAUAAUACCUGGUAUGGUUAUCGUGAAUGAAACAAAGAAAAAGAAAAAGAAAUCAAAAAAUAAAAGUACAAAUGCGUUAGCUGAUGAAGUUGAGAAAAUGUCAGUAACUGAUCUAACUAAUAACGUUAGUACUAUUGAUAACAAAAAAACAAACAACAAAUCAGCACAAAAGCCAGUCAGUAAUAGCAGUAAAUCACCGCCAAAAUCACAGCCGUCAAACUCAUCGCAUAUCGAUACGACAUCCCUGCUAAGUGAUAGCAUGAAACGUUUGAAAAAUCUCCGCAAAAAAAUACGCGAAAUCGAUCAGCUUGAGAGCAAAAUAAAAAGCGGGGAUUUAAAAAAUCCUGACAAAGAAAUAGUUGAUAAAAUAGCCAAAAAAAAUGAUAUUUUAGACGAAAUUAAACUGUUAGAAUCUAAUCAGUAAUUUUUAACUAAAUAAUUAACGUGUCAAUUAAUAUUAAUAAUAUAUAUAAAUAUAUUACCAUUUGUAUAUUACCUAUUUUUUAAUGAAUAUUUCGACCAAUUGUAUAAAAUGUUUAUGAAGAAAAUUAAUUUUUCUUGAAAUAUAAAAUACUAUAAAUAAUUUUUAAUUACCUAAUGAGAGAAUAUAUGAUACUAAUUGUGUAGGAAACAAAAUAUCUGAAUAUAUAUUUAAAGAAUUUAUUAGAUAAUAUUUAUAUAUUUUCAUUGUAAUUUAAACCGUGAUCAAUUAAUUGUACUAGUAUAUUCACUACGAAUAUUUAAAUACCAU